CAAAAAAUACUGAACUCAAAACGAAAGUUUCGAGAUCUUAAAAACUGAAACGACACAGCCACUAUUUUUUAAGGGAAAAAGAAAAACAUGGAUGAGAAGAAGAGCAAAGUACUAAUAAUAGGAGCAACAGGAAAUUUAGGAUACCAUUUAGCACAAUUUAGCCUGAAAUUCUCACACCCCACUUUUGUUCUUGUUAGAGACUCUGCUCCUAAUGACCCUGUUAAAGCACAAAAGCUUCAGUCUUUGUCCAAUUGUGGUGCCACACUCAUAAAGGGGUCAUUGGAGGAUGAGAAGAGUCUUGUGGGGGCAGUGAAGCAAGUAGAAGUGGUGAUAUGUUCAAUCCCAUCAAAACAUGUUCUUGAACAGAUGGUACUUAUUAGAGUUAUUAAAGAAGCUGGGUGCAUCAAGAGGUUUAUUCCUUCUGAAUUUGGAGCCGAUCCAGAUAGAAUUCAAAUAUCUGACAUGGACUACAACUUCUACUUGCGGAAAGCUGAGAUUCGGCGUCUUGUCGAAGCUGAAGGCAUUCCCUAUACUUACAUCUCCUGCAAUUUCUUGACAAGCUAUUUACUUCCAUCGUUAGUUCAACCGGGGUUAAAGACUCCACCCAGAGACAAGAUCAGAGUGUUUGGAGAUGGGAAUGUUAAAGCUGUCUUUGUCAAGGAACAGGAUGUUGCUGCCUUCACAAUAUGUUCAAUGGAUGACCCACGUACAUUGAACAAGGUGCUAUAUUUGAGGCCUCCAGGAAAUGUUUACUCGAUGAACGAGCUGGUUGAGAUUUGGGAGAGUAAGAUUGGGAAGAAGCUUGAGAAGAUUUAUGUACCAGAAGAUGAGCUGCUUAUGAAAAUCAAAGAGACUCCAUAUCCGGACAACAUGCAGAUGAUUUUCAUAUACUCUGCAUUUGUAAAAGGAGAUCACACAUACUUUGACAUUGAUUCUCACAGUGGAGCAGAAGGGACACAACUAUAUCCAAAUGUGAAAUACGCUACAAUCAGCGAGUUUUUGGAGACCUUGUUGUAACAUGCAAGUAUAUCUGACUAAUAGUUUUUUUCCAUGCUAGAUCCCUUAUUGAUCUCGGCACGCACAGCUUGUAUUUUGUUUGAAACAGAUUGAAAUAUUAACAAGAAUCAUUUGCAUAAUGGAAAUAUUAGCUCUGUUUGGUAAA